UGAUUGGCUCUCUCGGGGUGAUGUCGCUUGGAUCUCCGUGUUUUGAUGCCUGGCCACGGCUUGUAUGUUGCUAGAAAUCUUGGAGGCGUUGAGCUGAAUGAAACCUCAGCUCCCAGACGUUCACUGCGCCGCGGACAGAGGCUGUGCAAUUGCCCCAUCGCCUGAAAUUACAAGUCAGUAGGACUCAGAAAGUAGAGAGAAAAGCAAGAGAAAAAAAAAUUGUCAGCUCCCACCUAGUGCACGAGUUGAAAAAGUGGAAGCUACUUGUACCGAGGAAACAAAACUGAAUUCCCCAUCGUAUUGGACUGACUGCAAGCUUCACUUUGCUGUGACUGAUACGUGGGUGAUUUUGUUUUUAUUUCGAGAGCCCGCGACCGGUGGUGAAUGCCCGAGACUACAAUGAUGAACCGCAAGGGGAUGGUGGCCAAGAUUUUGUCCCGAAUAAGGACCGACUCUUUCCACAGUAAUUACACUCUCCUGGGAAAAGAACUGGGAAGGGGAAAAUUUGCUGUUGUCAAGAAAUGCGUGGAAAAUCCUUCUGGAAAGGAAUAUGCCGCCAAGUUCUUACGGAAGCGAAGGAAAGGACAGGAUUGCCGCAUGGAUAUUAUUAACGAGAUCGCAAUUCUUGAGAUCGCAAAAAGCAACUCUCAUGUGGUAGACCUGCAUGAAGUGUAUGAGACAACUUCAGAAAUCAUCCUGGUGCUGGAAUAUGCUGCAGGUGGAGAAAUCUUUAACCAGUGUGUUGCUGAUAAAGAUGAGGCUUUCAAAGAGAAAGAUGUCAUCCGUCUUGUGCGUCAAAUCCUAGAUGGAGUCUCCUAUUUGCAUGGGAAUAAUAUAGUGCAUCUAGAUCUAAAGCCUCAAAACAUCUUGCUGACCAGCUGCAAUCCAUUGGGCAACAUCCGGAUCGUUGACUUUGGGCUAUCCAGGAGAGUGGAUAAUGUUGAAGAGAUUAGGGAAAUUAUGGGCACUCCAGAGUAUGUAGCUCCCGAAAUAUUAAAUUAUGAGGCAAUCACAACAGCGACAGAUAUGUGGAGUAUUGGGGUGUUGGUCUAUGUCAUGUUGACGGGCAUUUCACCUUUUCUUGGAGAUGACAAGCAAUCCACGUAUCUCAAUAUUUCCAAAGUGGACAUUGAUUACUCAGAAGACAUCUUUGAAGGCAUCUCCAAUUUGGCUUUAGACUUCAUUCAGAGCCUUCUUAUUAAGGACCCCAGGAAACGAGCAAAAGCAGAACAAUGUUUAAACCACCCGUGGCUUUCAUCCAAACUAGAGGUGCCAAAAUCCAUAACAGAGUCGGAGGAAGAACAGUCUGAGUCUGAACAGAACAGCCCGGAUUCCGAGGAACUGGUGCUCAUGGCCUCCUACACCCUGUGUAGGCAGUUGGACAAGGACAUUGAGAUCGAGCGAACGGCAGUGCGCAAACAGUUCAAAUUUGAGGAGUCUUUCACGACAUUGCGAGAUUUUCUGAGUGCUUAAUGUAAACUGGACUUGAGAGUACACCGGCUUCAUCUAGCUACACCGAGCACUGCAUUUGUUCGCUGCUCAGAGUGCCACAUGGCUGAAUGCUCUGCAGGCUUUCAUUACUUAGAGCAAUUAAUUUUUUAUUGGGCAUAAGCCUGGUGUAAUAUAGAGCGGAUGGCCUGAAUUGAGCACCUGGUUUAAGAAGAAAAGUGCAGUUUUUCUGGAGAAAUAGUGCCCUCUGAGGUUUGCUGAUAGAGUUGAGAGAUGUGGUUAAAACCUUUGCUAAUUAAAUCUGUGAAUUCUGCAUCUCAUUAUUUAACCAAUGAAAGGUAAAUUUUGCGAUGGUUAGAAUGGGCAACAUGGAAAUAAUUGUAACAGAGAGCACACUGGAGACUGCUUGUGGAAAUUACAAUCUUGCAUUCAUCCAGUGCUGUUGGGUUUUCUCUGGCGACUCUGUAUUGUCACUCUGUGGUUUGAGAAACCUUUCUUUGGUACUGCUCCUUUAGGCUUUUAAGAAAAAGCUUGCUUUAUUUGAGUUUAACUCACCUAUUUUGUGGGAGGGAUCUCUCUUCACAGUGUAGCUGCAGAAAGCUUCUUGUUCGGUAUACUGAUGAGAACGUCCCCAACUAUUGCAAAUCCACUUUAUCCCCUUUAUGAGACUGUUUCAUACUUGCCUUGAUUCUAGUUGGAAAUGAGAAAUUCAGCAAAAUAAAAUUGAUCUUCUAAAGUUGUCGAGAAAAUGCCAAAAUUGAAUAUAAGUAUGAUAUUUCAUUUGUUUUGAAAGCAUGCAAUGCUAAUUUUGCAUGUUUUGUAUAGUAAAUAAUUCCAUGUUGGUUCUCAUUUCAAUUCUAUUACAAUGUCUGACUUUUCACCCUGCAAUUAUACAAUAUUGAGCUUUUAAUUCUUUAUUGAAUUGAAGGAGAAUCCUAAGAUUUGGGUUGGGAGGGGGUGUCAGUGGAGUCUAAAAUUCAAGUCAUGAAGUGAACUAAUAAUUAGAGUUCUGUGGGCUGCAGGACAUCUUAAGAAAAAUUCCUUGCAAUACUAUACAUUGGAAUGUGUCAGGCUGCAAUGAAUUAAUGGCACAUAGAGCAUUAGUGCACAUUUUUUUUUGUCUGUCUUGGGUUUAGGGAAUAAGUGUAUUUUUUUAUUCCUUAUUUAUUAUAUCACGAUUAUCAAAAGAAUUUUGUCAGGGGUUAGAAUGUAGUCAUUUUCUAAAGAACAUUCCAGGAACAUAUCAGAACAAUUAUUGAAGCAUUUUUGACAUUCAUCUUGCUUAUGCACUCGUGCGUCCCUUCCUUUAGUUGUGCAUGCAAGCACAUGUUUUAAAGUUCUCGUGACUGAGAGACAUACAAAUAUAGAUAUAUAGUUUAAAAGAUUUACAGUGCCUUGAUACUUGGCUAAAUAUUAAGAACACGUGUAUUCAGAUGUUUUGAAAUUUGACGUGAAUUUUUGAGUAUCAUUGAGCAUCGCUAGACACAAGAAACAUAGGAAAACCCUUCAGGGUGGGAAGAUGAGACAGUGACAGUGGGUGGUUGAGAGCAGUGAGCAACUUUUCUGGCACAUGUAGCAGACACACAAACCGUCACUUUAUUUUUCUAUUGAUAUAAUAUAAGGAAAUUCAAAUGUAGGCUAUUGGAGUAAUCUAGUCUGUGCAGUAAACUGUGUGAAUGCUCUUUCCAACAAUCAAAUGAUCAGGAAUGUAACAUUUUACUAGUAAUGUGCUGUGUUUUACUUUUGGUUUCUAAUGUACAAAGUCUUAUUAACAAAGGGCUGCUGCCAGUGCUUCCUGACAGUGGUCUAAUUCUGACAUUCAUGUUUGCACAUUUGACAUAAUCAGAGGAGGGAGGGUGGAUAGAGGCACAUAAUAUUGUCUUUCUGCAAUGGAACAAAUCAUUUACUUUCCAUUACACCAGCCUAUGUUGUCUGCAUAAGAAUACACAGCUCCUUCCUUUGGUUCAGUUUGUUUUGAAUCCUGACUAAUUUAGAUCACAAUAACAUGCUGCACUGCAAGAAGUGUUAGGCAUUUACAGCAAAACUGAGUCAAGCACACAGCAGUGUGACCUUCAGAAGUCAAUUGCCCAACACCAGUGAAAACCUGUUUCUCACAGUAUUCCUGUUGUACAUUGGAGUUCAAAGACUUUUGAGAUAAGGAGUAUUGUAUUCUCAACAAUUGAGUGGAGUUAUGAAAUAAGUAUUCAGAUGUGUUCUUCAGAUGGAAACUGUUGGCCAAGUGUAAAGACUGUGUUGAACUGAUAAGGUGAAAUCUCGUUUUAUGUUUCUUUGGGCAGCUCCUGUUUUAAAGUGACAUUGGGGUUAUUCAAUGCAAAAACUGGCAGCCUGUGCUAUUAUUACUCCUUUUCUCUUGGAUCACUCCUGUUCAGUAAGGAACAGCAUUUCCCAGAACCAUAUCAGCAUUCUAACAUUCUAUAGAAGUGCUCGAAUGUAUCUAUUUAGCACUGUGGGAAGAACUAAGUUCAUGUGAUGGAACAUUACUGCCACAUUUCAAUGCCAGAUCACCGCAGAGAGCAUUGUGGGCAGAAUUACUCAAUCAUAUUGGUCCUGUGAAAAUGAGAUUUAUUAGGAAAUCUUUUGAAGUCUACCUGGAAGUCUGCCAUGUUUUCAGAAGUUUUUGACAGGACAAUUGGAGGGAUAGGUCAAUGUUGUUUAAUUGUGUAAAAAUGGUUAGAUAAGGUAAAGCAUCAUUUUCCAAGUGAUGCCACUUGUUUUGUGAAUGUUGGCACAUUCGAUCUACUGUUCUAAUGGUCAUUAAUCCAUUUAAAAUAAACAGGUUAAUGAUGUAAUAGUAUGAUGUAAUGACGUAAUAGCAGCCAGAUGUGGCUGACUGUUAAAGAGGCGUCUGUUCCCCUCUCCAUCUCUGACCAGGUUGCAGAGUGAAUUCUGCUCUAAUAUGGACUCUUCGCACAGACAUGUGCACUCUGCACCACUUCAGUGACAUUAUUAACCCAUCUAGGUAUUUGUGCAUCUUUAAACUCUGAGGAACAAAGAAUACCCAAAUUUCAAUGCUUAUAUGGACAAAAUCUGAAGAUAGGAGAAUAGAGAGAGAGAGGGAGGGAGAGCACAAUGGUGAAGGAAAAGUGUGGAGCCUAAGGAGUGAUUUUGGGAUUGAAUGAAUGGAACAUGUGGAGAAUAACUUUGCAUUUUUGACCCUUUGCUUGAGUGGUUUGGAGUUAGCAGAAAACAUUCCUUACCUUCACAUUGCUAUUAUAAACACAUUUGUUUUGUAUGAUAAGUGUCACAUUUUGGUGUACAAAGCAACAGCAUGGACACAGGCUUUAUAAAGAGCAUAACCAUUAUAUUAAAUAAUCGGGUGGAUAAAUAUUCAAACUUCAUAAUAACUACUGUAAUUUCACUGGAUGACUGUGUUCCUUGAAGUGGGAUGUUACUUGGACUAGACUUUUGAAAUGUAAUCAUUGUAACUAUUUGUCUUCUGAAAUGCUGCCAACUUUAUCAGCACCUCCCCAAACAAGAAUAUAAUGUACAGUUUCUUUACUGCGAUAGUUUUGACAGCCAAACUGAUGACAAAGGUACUGUUUGACAUUGUCCACAUAAUGUGCUUUUUU